AAGAUCCGAGAAGAUGCCUGGUCCACCUCCACCACCUGCUCCACCUCCUACUUUUGCUUCGGCAAACACAGAGAAACCGAAUCUGAACAAAUCAGAGCAGCAGAACAGAAAUGCCUUACUGACAGACAUAUCCAAAGGAGCUCGACUGAAGAAGACUGUGACCAAUGACAGGAGUGCGCCAGCCCUGGACAAGCCUAAGGGCGGAGGCGGAGGUGGAGGUGGAGGUGGAGGAGGAGGAGGAGGGGGCGGGUUUGGAGGCGGGGCUCCGGGAGGCCUGGGCGGUCUGUUUCAGGGAGGGAUGCCGAGACUGAGGUCUGCAGGGAACAGAGAUCCCAGCGACUCUAGGGCCAGACCACCCAUGCCAUCCACAGGAGGGAGGUUCCCGGCGCCCACUCCGAAUUCUGGACCCUCGCCUCGGUUCCCGGGCCCUCCUCCAGGACGCCCGGACACAGGAAGGGGAGCUCCACCUGUGCCCACUGCUGCCCGCCCAACGCAGAGCUCCCCCCAGACCAGAGGUCCUCCUCCCUUACCUGGAGGAGGUCGACCCCCACACACCACACCCAGCUCCCAACCUCCCAGCAUGCCCGGUAGACGUCCCAGCAUGCCCCCAACUCCCGGGAGUGGCCCACCCCCCAUUCCGUCCAGCGGCCGGCCCUCGCUGCCCUCCAUACACAGCCAUCACCCCUCAGAUGACCGCCCACCUCCCCCACCCCCAGGAAAUCGGCCGUCCUUUUCACGGGAGGGAUCCUUGCCCCCACCUCCUCCGUCCAUCAAUAACAAACCACCGACCCCCCCUGGACCCAGGCCUGUGGCUAACAACACACCACCGAUGAUGUCCAGCAUGGGCGGCCCACCCCCCCUGCCCCCCACACCGCGGGACAGAGAGGAGCAGAGUCCCCGACAGCCUCAGAGAAACCCUUCCGCAAACAGCCACGCCCCUGCCCCGCCCCCUGCUCGGUCUGGGCCUUUACCCCCACCUCCUAAUGAGAGACCACCACCCCCUGGACGGAACCCCCCGGGACGAUCAGGGCCUCUCCCUCCCACACCUCCUUCUGGAGGAAACAGAGGAGCACCGACGUCAUCACCAGGUCCUCCUCUGCCUCCUCCCAAUCGGCCGGGUGGAGACUCUUUCAGAGGGGGAGCGUCUAGACCCCCUCCCCCUCCAGACAGACUCGGCAGUGGGGGUCUUCCUCCUCCUCCUCCUCCUGCGUCCGUGGGGAAUGGUUACCAGAGCUCAGCAGAUGAAUGGGAUCUCCGGUUCCCCUUCCACCCUGUGUCUGAUCUCCCUCUCCCUGAGCCAUUUGUGCCUUUCCCAAAAACCUACCCCAGUAAGGUUGGAAAGACCGACAGCAGAGGUUCAGGACAUAAAGAGAGAGGUGCACCUCCAUUGCCUCCUAUCCCGAGAUGAGAGGGACUAAAAACCAGCUUCUAUAGCAGUGUU